GCGCCUACAAGAGGGGACGCGUGGGGGCUCCGGACCACUCGCGCUGGUCAGCGUCCCGCCGCUGUCCCGCCCAGCUUGCGCCGCCGCUCUCCCUGCCGGAGCCCUGUGGAGAACUCUCAGCAGUCACUUCUGCCUCCAGAAGCCCAGCCAGUGCCGCAGGGGAGCCAUGAGCCGCAUCCUGCCCUGCCUCAUCCCCUUGGGGUUGGUGCUGCUGCUCUGUGGGGCCCGAGGUUUGGUCCUGCCCAACGCCACCCACUGGGAGCAGCUACUCAGCAAGUACCGGCAGGACGAGCCCCACUCACGCACGCGCAGGGCCAUCCCCUGGGCUGACCGCGAGGAGAUCCUGGUGCUACACAACAAGCUGCGUGGCCAGGUGUACCCUCCUGCCUCCAACAUGGAGUACAUGACCUGGGAUGAAGAGCUGGAGAGGUCGGCAGCAGCCUGGGCCGAGCAGUGCCUCUGGGAGCACGGGCCCUCCGACCUGCUGGUGUCCAUCGGACAGAACCUGGCCGCGCACUGGGGCAGGUACCGGUCUCCCGCGAUGCAGGUGCAGGCCUGGUACGACGAGGUGAAGGACUACACGUACCCUUACCCCCACGAGUGCAACCCCUGGUGUCCCGAGAGGUGUUCGGGGCCCAUGUGCUCCCACUACACGCAGGUGGUUUGGGCGACCACCAACAGGAUCGGCUGUGCCGUGACCACCUGCAACAGCAUGGUCGUCUGGGGGGACGUCUGGAAAAAUGCUGUCUACCUCGUCUGCAACUACGCUCCAAAGGGGAACUGGAUUGGAGAAGCCCCCUACAAAACUGGCCAGCCCUGCUCCCAGUGCCCGGCUGACUACGCAGGUGGCUGCAAGGACAACCUGUGCUACCGAGAGGAAGCCCGCAGCCCAAAGCCCGAGACGGACGAGAUGAACGAGGUGGAGACGGCUUCCAUUCCCCAAGAAAAGCAUGUCUGGAUCCAGCCGCGGGUGACCAGGCCCGUGAAGCCCAAGGGCACGGCCUCUGUCAGCUACAUGACCCAAGUCAUCCAGUGUGACACCAAGAUGAAGGACAAAUGCCAGGGAUCCACCUGCAACAGGUACCACUGUCCAGCGGGCUGCCUGCAUGACAAGGCCAAGGUCUUUGGGUCUCUGUUUUACGAAAGUUCCUCCAGCAUCUGCCGGGCUGCCAUCCACUACGGAGUCCUGGAUGACAACGGGGGGCUGGUGGACAUCACCAGGAACGGCAGGAUGCCCUUCUUCGUGAAGUCACACAAGAACGGCAUAGAGUCCGUCAGCAAAUACAAGCCCUCCAGCUCAUUCCUGGUGUCCAAAGUGAACGUGCAAGACCUGGACUGUUAUACCACCGUGGCUCAACUCUGCCCAUUUCAGAAGCCCAUGACUCAUUGCCCGAGGGUGCGAUGCCCAGCACGCUGUGGAGAGGAGUCGUCCUCCUGGGCACCCGUGAUUGGGACCAACGUCUACACAGAUAACUCGAGCAUCUGUAGGACAGCCGUGCACGCUGGAGUCAUCCAGGACGAGGUCGGGGGCCCUGUGGACGUGAUGCCUGUCGAUGCCAAGAAGAGCUACGUGGGCUCACUCAGGAACGGCAUUCAGUCGGAAAGCCUGAGCGCACCCCGGGACGGGAAGGCCUUCCGGAUAUUUGCGGUCAGGCAGUGAUCACCCAGCGCCUGGCACGGAGGGCCGUCCUCAGGGGGGCUUUGGGGUUUUGCUUGUCGUUUCCAUUUUGUGAAUGCAUUGGGUGGGUGGUGGGCAGAAAUACGAAUGGCCAGGAAGUUGCCUGCCUUGGCGUCUGAUGUCACAGCGAGGGUGCCUCCCAG